GCCUCUCCUGCUUCCCAGGUUUCCAGGCCCAGUAGCCCAGGCUGCUUCCCUGUUUGUGGUGUCUGCACAAAAAGGGGGCUCCUGGGAGCUGGCCCUGCUCCUCCUCUGGGGUCCUCCUCCUCCGGCCUCCAGGCUCUGACUGUCAGUCUUUGUCCUCCAUUCCUGCUGUCACAUCUCAUGAUGGCUGAGAACCACCCAGGGGCUGCAGGAAGAGGGAGACAUGUCUGACAGCCCACGGAUAUCCAUAGAAGAUCAGAAUAUAGACGACAGGCUAGUCUAUGAGACUGUAUUCAAUCACUUCAAAAGAUAUAAGAUGGAGAUUUCACAUGCAAUAAAAAAGCCAUUUCCUUUCCUUGAGAUUCUUCGUGACCGUGAACUCAUCACCAAUAAAAUGUAUGAAGAUUGUCAAGAAUCUUGUAGAAACCUGGUCCCUGUACACAGAGUGAUAUACAAUGUUCUCUGUGAACUGGAGAAGACAUUUGACCUGGCAGUUCUGGAAGCACUGUUCUGCGACGUCAACAUGCAGGAAUACCCUGACUUAAGUCACAUUUAUAAAAGCUUCGAAAAGGCGAUCCAAGAUAAAAUUUAUCCCCAAGAAAGUGAUGAAGAACCCUGUGAGGACAGGACUAAUAUCCCACUCAGCAUUGAACCAGGAACUGUUGAAAACUCCCUCUCCUGGAUGUACCCAAACAGCUGGCGUGGCAAUGGUACAACCCCACAUGAAAACGGACUCUCAGAGCACCUCUGUGAAACAGAGCAGAUGAACGCAAGGAUAAAACACACAACCAGUGACAACAAUGAUGCACUAGAAAGACAACAAGCAAGUGAACAACGUGCCCAAGAGUCUGAGCCAGCAGACUCCUGCGAACAAGUGUCCAUCGAAGUGAAUAAUGAGGGUGGAAGAUCAGAGACACCCAGCCCAUUGCCCUGUGAUGAAGAAAGUCCAGGAGCGGAGCUACCCAACCAUGGAAUCCAACUGAAUUCCUGUUCUGUACUACUGGUGGAUAUAAAGAAGGAAAAGCCAUUUUUUAAUUCAAAAGUUGAAAGGCAAUCGCAAGCAAGGACUGAGUGUCACCAGGUGCCUGAAAUAAUAGUGAUCAGCAGUGACGAAUCCUCAGAAUCCAGUGAUGAAGACGAGACCCUGAGAACCUUGGAACGAAGGAGGCCUGGUCACACACUGAGACACCUAGAGCAUCCUAUUCCUUGUGCAGAGGUCAAUGACCGUGAUCCGUUAGGAUCAAGUGAGAGCCGAGACACCCAUGAAGUCACCCUCUCAGGACCCCAGACUGACCCAGAGCACAUGGAUUUCACAAAAUCACCUACACACAGUGAAGGACGUUGGAAAAGGGUGAGAAGUCCUGAAGACUCUUCGGAGUUCAGUGAGGAUGAGGAGAGCCCCCCCGACUAUAGCUUUGUACUGAGAAGUGGUCCUGUUGAGAAGGAUCCUGCAAAUAUUGGACACCAGUCUACCUGGACGAUGAGCAAUAAGAAAAGACGGAUCAGCAAUGCUGACUGUUCAGAAUUGACUAAUGCAGAAGAACCUCAGGAAUGUUCUAGCUCAGCCCUAAGAAAUGGGACAGGUGUGCCAAGAGGCAAAGAAGCAAGGACAGAAAGUAGCCAAGCAUCUGAUAUGAUGGAUAUCAUGGAUACUGGAUGCAAUUCUACUUUGGAAAAACACAGUGGGAAAAGAAGAGAAAAGAGAAGACACAUAUGUAAAAUAAACAGUCUCCAAAAGAUGAGAAAGAGAAUCCAAUCUCUGCAUAAGAGAGCCCCACGGAGAAAAUACAAACCAAAAGAGAGAAAAACAAUCAACAGCAGGCCUUUAAAAAGAAGAAGAAAAAGAGUUCCAAGAAUUCCCAGAGAUAAAAAUAUGGAUUUUCGACCUCCUACACUUCCUGUGAGCUGUGGUCAGGCGAAGGGGAUUUUGCAUAAGGAGAAAAUGAAACAAGGAGUGUUGGCGAAGUGUAUAGAGACAGAGGAUGGGAAGAAGUUCACCCUCAGGGAAUUUGAAAUUGAAGGAAACCAUGGAAAAUGCAAGCACUGGAAGAUGAGCGUGCGCUGUGGUGGCUGGCCCCUGAAACACCUGAUUCAGAAAGGAUUUCUACCAAACCCACCAAGAACAAGAAAAAAGACAACACCAGCGUUUUCCAGUGGUGACUUUAUUGACCCUUACCCACAAAACUCAAAUGAAUGUGAGGUGUGCUGUGAACCAGGAAAGCUAUUCUGCUGUGACAGCUGCUCAAGGUCCUUUCAUGAGAAAUGCCACAUCCAGCCGAUAGAUGCUGACAGGAACCCAUGGAAUUGCAUCUUCUGCUGUAUAAAGGCCAUUCAGAAAAGUUAUCCAAAAGGUCAUCCACGUCACCAGGAGUCUGAGGUGCUGGAGAGGCCGAUGACGUCUGAGGAGCAGUUGAAAUGUGAGUUCCUCCUCUUGAAGGUCUACUCCUGUUCACAAAGCCCCUUUUUUGCUUCGGAACCAUAUUAUAGUAAAGAGCCAUCUUGGAGACUGAAGUCCAUGUGGUUGAACAAAAUCAAGGAAAAGCUGAUUAUGAAGUUGUACCGCCAAGUGAAGGGGUUCGUAAGGGACAUGCGCCUCAUCUUUCAGAACCACAGGGCAUUUUACCAGAACAAGAAAUUCAUCAGUCUGGGACUUCAACUAGAGCACAUAUUUGAGAAAAAUUUCCAAGACAUUUUUGCAAUUCAAGCAACCAGCAAGAGCAGUUCUCAGUGUGAGCCCAGUGCUGUGUAAAAUGUUGUCCGUUUCCAUUUCACCCUUCAGAGCCUCCGAGAGCACCUGAGAACAUGCCAGAUCCUACUGACUCUUCUGUCUGUGCAAACAUCAUUGUAUCGUACUUCUUUUUCAAACCGUUUUUUGUUGCCAUAUCUGCUCAUUUAUUUUUCUAAAUAAAAUUUAAAAUUGC